UAAAAAAAAUAAUAAAAAAAAAGGUCGGUGAGGAUGAUUUGGAGCACACCGCCUCACUCGUGUGAAGAGUCAGUAACGGGGGAAGCUCUGAUUUAAGCUUUAACAGCCUGUUCACGACCAGCAUUCUGCGCAGAUCACAAUGGGAGACCAUCGCUAUCCUCUGCACGUGGGAAUACUCGGCAUAAUGUGCAAAGGCAACAGCAAAUUGUUCAUGACAUCUGUGCUGUGGUCCGAUCAGACCGAUGUGAUUGUCUACAGGUCCCUCCGAGACUUCAAGCAGCUUCACAGGCAACUAAAGAAGAAAUUUCCAGUGGAAAACCCAUUUCGCCAACAGGACAGAGUGCUGCCCAGAUUCAGAGGUUUAAUGAGGACGCUGAGCAUCCAGAGGAAGACUCUGGCUCGGUGGGCGCAUCGAGUAAAGGCUCUGGAGCACUACUGCACUGAGCUGCUGCGCUGUAAGCCGUGCGUCUCUCAGUCCUCUGACCUCAUUCAUUUCUUUAUUCCCAGGGAAGAAGAGCUGCAUCCUGAGUUUGCACAUAACAGCAUAAUGAUUUUUCAACCAGAAGAUGCCCCUAAUGAUCAGCCAAGAGUCGACUUGAGCAGUAAGUGCCUCAGCAGUGGGAAUGUGUCCCAGCCAUGUGUCGCCAAACUGUACCGGUGUUUAGCUCCGUAUGAGACCAAGGACACCAAGAACAGACCAUUUAGUGUGACUGUGAAUGAAGUUCUGGAAGUACUCAUUAAAGAUCAAGCUGGUAUGCCUUGCACUGUUUCUAUGCAAUGUGGGAGAGGGAUGAUUAUGUUGUUGUACUCGCGCUUAUAUUUCCAUCUGAAAUCAUCAGGAUGGUGGCUGGUAGAGAAUGAAGCGAAGUGUUUAGCCUGGUUCCCUGCUCCCUACUUGGAGUUGUGUGAGGAUGAAGAAGAGAGAGAAGAUGAGCUUGACAGUACAGAUGGUCAAAUGGCUCUAUAUUGCGCUAUAAAGAACUUCACCUCUACCAUGACGGAUGAGCUAUCGGUGAACAUCGGAGCCGUGGUAGAGGUUAUUCAGAAGUCUGACGAUGGCUGGUGGCUUGCUAGAUAUAAUGGAAAGGCAGGAUAUGUGCCCUCUAUAUACCUGCAGCCAUACUCCAACCCUAUGUUUAGCAUGCAGAAAAAGUUGCACAGCUCCAACCUAAAUCUGUCCACUCUAUCAAGUGCGCUGUCUCACCCCAUCCACAAGCCUCGUUUCCACAAGUCCCACUCUAUGGAGGUGGUCUCUGAGCCUCCGUGCCACAGUGCUCCAGUCCAACACAAUGAAUCCAGCAGCCGCGAGAGCAGCUUCAGUGAUGACACUGACUUCUGCUCCAGCUCCUCUGUUUCUCCCGGCUCUGAGCGUGAAGAGAACCCGAGACAGUCAGAGAAAGAUGCAGAAUCAGCCAGUCCUGACAGUGUUGUGUGUAUGGAGCUUCAAAGCUCUACAAAUUCAGAAACCAGCAGCCCUUCCAAACUGCACCCACAGGUGCCCCCUCGUCCACAAACCCAAGAGAUCCUCACCCGCUGUACCACCUUCACCCGCAAAGCAGCCCUGGAAUGCCAAGCUCGCCUGUUUGAUAGAACUGCGAUUCAGGCCCUGUAAAAGAAGAACAAAAGUUAUCUAAAGAGAUGUUUUGUAAUCCUCUCGUGAUGACGCAUGAUACUAUUAUUUCUGUCUGGUACAGUGACUAUGCUUGAAUACUUUCAUGUCUGAACCAGUUUUUAAAACAAUGACUCUGAUUGCUCAUCCAAUUAUUGUGUGCAUAUAUUGUCCUUCCUCUACCUGAUUGUAUGCUAUUCAUCAGCAUUCAUCAUGCUGUAUAAAGGUGAAUAUAAAGGUGAAGUGGUUAGCUGCGUAAAUGCUAACAUAGUCAGAGAAUAUUAGUACAACAUUCAGUUACUUCCACUGGUAAGACUGGUUCUAUUCGUUUGCCUUUCCUUUUCACAGUCACUUGUCAUGUUAUAUAAUAGGCCUGUCACAGUGUCUGAGAGAAAGCAGGCUGGUAACUUUUAUAUAAAAUACUUUUUUAUAAUAUUGUUUUCCCAUAUGCUGUACUAUGUCUUUGAACAUUGUCUGUAUUCCACAUGUUAAAUCACAGUACAUAAAUAAAAUUACGCUCCAAAUAAAAUUAUGAAGUGUGCUGUAGUGACAUCCUUCACCCAAUAACUCAGGUUUGUUGAUGGUCAAGUGGCAGGGUACUGAUGUUCCAGAGUAGCCUUAUAUACCUGUGUUAUACCGUGUUUACUGUAAUUGUUUACAAUCCCACUAUUCAGUAUCACCCAGAAUAGAAUGGACUUUCCCUUUGAGUGUGGUUCCUCUCAAAGUUUCUUUCUCAUGUUUUUUCCUUGCCACCUUCAACUCUGGCUUGGCCAUUAGGAAUCUAAAUCCAUAUCUGAAAGGUUCCUUCCACUGAAAGUUUUAUACACCUGAAUUAAAUAGCAUUAACAUCUUAAAGCUUGUAAUAGUUUCUCAGUGUUUCUGUAUAACCAAAGUUAGCAUAUGAAGGAAUCAGUAAAUAAAUCUUUCUGCAUGAAUACAUGACUGCAUCAUCAACGUACCUUUUACAAGAAAUGGUAUGAAAAAGCUAUGGUUUCCUGAAAUACUAGAUUAUCUUUUUGUAAAAUCAAAUAUCUUUGCAAGGAAAUUGUUCUGA